GUUGGGGUUGGGUGUUUUUGUUCUAAUACAUAACUAUUCUUUUGAGCAGUUACAACUUACUUCUACAUUCGUCUGCUUCUAUAUCUACUACUAUACUUACCUACCAUACGAUUACCGAUCAAAGAAUUAUUCAUUCGGUGGUCGAAUAACUACAAUACAUACAUACAUACAUACAUACAUCCAUAUCAACGACUACAUCUACAACUACAACUCUACUCAAGUGAUAAAAGGGGUAGAAGAAAAAAAAGGAGCAAAAUGAGCUUCACAAAAAACCUAACUCGAGCCCUAAACACCACCCCGCUACGACAACAACGCAGCACAACCAACCUAACCUAUGCCACGCAUGAGCCCCUCGAAUACCAACUCAGCAGACUCUCAUUAUCCAAAAUCAAGCAGGAGUCUGCCCGGCCAGAGCCUGACCUGCGUCAUGUCGUCGGGUAUGCGUCGGUGAAUCGCGCCGCGGGGGAUAAGAUGUAUCAGAACCUGGUGCGGGGGGUGGAGCUGCUACGGACGGAGAGGAGGGCGAAGUAUGGUGUUGGGAGGAGUAAACUUUCUUCGUCUUCCUCUUCUAAUGCUUCUUCCGGGGUGAGGGGGAAUGGAGCUGGGAUUGGGGCUAAGGAUGGGGGAUUGGGGGUUCUUUGGAGAGAAGAGGAGGUGGUGGAGACGAGGUGUGUUGGGGAGGGCGAGUUGGAGGGUAGGGGACGGCGAAGGAGGAGAAGCUCGAAGAGGUUGAGAGAGGAGCGGGUCUAGCGGCUCUGAGGAUAGGAUGACUAUGAGUUAUGAUGUUAUGGUUGGUGUUUCUUUCUUUCAAAUUGUGUGCUUUAAGGGCUU